GGUGUCAGCGGGGCGGGGUGUGCGCGUGACGUCACGGCUCGGUGAGGCCGCGCCCGCCCCGGCGGGCCCUGAGGCCUGAGGGCGGGGGAGGCGCGCGCGAGCGGGCCCUGAGGGAGCGGCGGCGCCGGGACCCGCAGCAUGCCGGGGCUCGUGCUGUUCGGCCGGCGCUGGGCCAUCGGCAGCGACGACUUCGUGCUCCCGGGGGCCUUCGAGCUGUUCGUCAGGCUGGUGUGGUGGAUUGGGAUUUUUGUCCUUUACACGGUUCACAAGGGGCAGUUUAACUGUCCCGGGGGAGGAUUGCUGCACAGCUACCUGCUCGGCCUCAUCAUUCUUCUGGCUUCCAUAAUAUGUGCAUUAUGUGCUCUUGUGUACAUCAGUAUGCAAGGAACCAUUUCUAAUCCAGGCCCAAGAAAAUCACUUCCCAAAAUACUUUAUACUCGCCUGCUUCUCUAUUUCCCUGAAUUCAUCUGGGCUGUUGUAGGAGCUGUGUGGGUGUCUGACAACAGCGUGCAGUGUGAGAAGACUGUGAUAAAUGGUGUCAUUGGGACAGUUAUUGCAAGCUGGAUUAUCAUCAUCUUUACCAUCAUUGGAGUUGUCAUUGUCUUUGACCCCCUCGGGGGGAAGAAGACGUUCUACCUGCCCGACGGUGUGAGCCGCAACCUGGAGAGCAGCCAGUCGGGGCAGCUGCUGUACAACGUGAAGAGCUCUGCCACCAGGGUGUGGGAGAAGAGGAUCAGGCUGCUGUGCUGCUGCAUCGUGCAGGACGACGACCACCGUGUGGCCUUCACCAGCAUCGCCGAGCUCUUCCGCAGCUACUUCUCGGACACUGAUCUGGUGCCCAGUGACAUAGCAGCUGGUUUGAUUCUGCUCCACCAAGAGCAAGAUAAAAUGGAAAAUUGCCCCAAAGAGCCUGAAGAAGUCCUGUGUCAUUCUCCAUCUUCUCUCGUGACUGAUGAUUUGGAUGUUGAGCUGGAGAAUGCUGCUCACUUCAUGCUGUUUGCUGCAGCUGCCUAUGGCUGGCCCUACUAUGUGUACACCAACCCAUAUACUGCCCUCUGUAAGCUCAAUGGUGACUGUUGCAGAAAUAGACCAACAGAUUCUGAAAUAACAGGCAGUGAUCGUCAUAACUUUCACUUUGGAUCCAUCCUGAAAAUAACAGGACUGCAGUACAGAGACUUCAUUCAUAUCAGCUUUCAUAACAAGAUCUAUGAGAUACCAUUUUUUGUUGCUUUGGAUCACAAAAAAGAAGCUAUUGUGGUCGCCGUGAGAGGAACCUUGUCCUUUGAGGACAUCCUCACUGAUCUGUCGGCAGACUGCGAAGACCUGACACUGGAGGAGGUUCUGGAGAAUGGGUUUGUGCAUAAGGGAAUAACUCAAGCUGCAAAUUACAUCUAUCGAAAACUAAUAAAUGAUGGAAUUUUAAACCAGGCUUUCACAAUUGCCCCAGAAUAUAAACUUGUGAUAGUUGGUCACAGUUUGGGUGGUGGGACAGCGUCUAUCUUGGCCAUCAUGCUCAGGAACUCCUUCCCCACACUGAGGUGUUACGCCUUCUCUCCCCCAGGAGGGCUCCUAAGCAAAUCGCUUGCAGAUUACACUAAGCACUUCAUCAUUUCAGUCAUUGUUGGAAAAGACCUUGUAGCAAGGUUAAGUAUGCCCAACAUGGAGGAUUUAAAGAGAAGAAUAGUGAGAAUUGUGGCAAACUGCAACAGGCCCAAGUACCAGAUUUUGCUGCGGGGGUGUUGGUAUGAGGUGUUUGGAGGAGAUCCUGAUGACUUCCCAACAGAGCUGGAUGGAAGGAACCAGGAUGCCCUGACCCAGCCCCUCCUGGCCGAGGAGAGUUUAAUGGUUCAUCGGUCGCCUUCGUACAACGCCCUUGAGGAGGAGCCACACUUGAAUUCACCCCCUCAGUAUCCUCAUCUCUAUCUGCCUGGAAAGAUUAUCCAUGUUAUUGAAGAAUGCAGCUCUAAGAGGUUGUGCUCUUCAGAUAUUAAAUACACGGCAAGAUGGUCAAACGAAACCGUCUUCAGCAGCAUUUUGAUAAGUCCCAAGAUGAUCACAGACCACAUGCCAGAUGUUGUGCUCAAAGCUCUGAACAGUUUGUCUCAGGAACACGGAUCGUGUCUGUCUUGUCAAACACGGGAAUACGACCCCAGUGCAGUAUAACCAGAGCUCGAGGACGUCCUGGGGGGCUUUCUGCAGGUUUCAGGGUCAGCAACAUUUAUUUAAAAGAAAUUGAUGUAAGUAAAAUAUGAUGUGGUUGAGAAUUAACUGUGUGGAUGUUCCUGCUGUGAUACUCAAUAUGGAGACAAAAUUAAAGAAAACCUUGGCUCCUGUGCAGUGACAGGUCCCAGUGCUGGCUGUCACAGCAGUGAGGUCAGGCAGCAGAGGAGGGACCGUGCUGCUUUUGGGCCCCAGCCUUGGGUGCAGCCACUCUGGAGGAGGGGAGGCAACACACAGAGCAGGGCUUUAAAUGAAAGCCUGGAAUCUGGAGCAUUGAAGCACAAACUGGGACCGGUUCAGAGGAAAAGGAUUUCUGUUUGCAUGGAGGGGAGUGGAACAGAGAACCUGCCCCCGCUGCCAGCAGCUUCAGGCCACUGCACACGCAGCAGCAGGAGCUGGAGCUGCACGGAGCUGCCAAGUGCUGUGUUGAGUUCGGGUUCUCAGGGGAGCACUGCCAGCCUGGGCUUUGCACACUGGCCCUCAGGAGACACGUGCACACAAGGGCUGCUGGCACGGAACAAGAAUGUGUGCUCAGAGCGGCACAGGAAUGAGACACUUGCUCAGAAACUCAAACAUUACCACACUUAUGAUUCAAGGAUUUAUUAAGUCAUACAUGCAAAACAUACUGCCAAUUGCAUUAGCAAAAGAUCAAUGUAAAAACUUCACAAUUUUGCAACUUUUAUUUUUAAAUUUUGCUUUAGUGGUUGAAAAGGUGUAGUUCAACAUCAUAUUCCUGCCAGUUUAGAAGGUACAGAACAUGAGCACUAAGUACAGAACCUCACAGACCCAAGUUACCGUUACGCAAUCGAUGCUGCACAUGGAGUGACAGAAAGAACACUUGGCUGCAUUAGUCAUGUUACAGUGGGGGGACCUUGCAAACAGUGAUGGUUGAAAGGUUUGUCAGUUACAGAGGUUUAAAAUAUAAAAAUUACUAAAAUGUGUAAAGCUGCUUCACAUGAUUUUUACACCUAAUUAAUAGACUAAAAGCUCCUCAGAAAGCAUAACUUACUGGGUCAGAAUAACAGGAAAAUGAGGAUAUGCUUGAAUAUUCUACUCUAAAAAAAAAAAAA